AUGGAUCAAUAAGCAUAAAUACCAAAAAGAACAGCUGUUGAAUUACAAACAUUCACUCUUGUUGGUUUGAUGAGAAAUAUCAUCUAAAAAGAAGAAUAAGAUCCCAAAACAGGAUAAAUCGGAAAGGCAUAUGAGGAAUAUUUUGAUAAAUUGAUCCAUGAAUAAAUUCCACAUCGUGUACAUCCUAAAAGAACUUAUUGCAUGUAUUAUGAUUACUAAAACCCUGAAAACCAAGAGGAAAUCAGAUACAAAAUGGUCUUAGGAGAAGUGGUAAGUGAAGUAACUGAUUUACCAGGCGGACUAGUAGCUGUAACAGUACCUGCUCAUCGUUUCUGCCGUUUGGAUUGUGGACCAGGUCCUAUUCCCAAAGUUGUGAUUGACGCUUGGUAAUCAUUGCCAAAUUUAACCCCAGAAGAUUUUGGUGGAGCCAGAUCACAUGAUUAUGACUUUGAGGUGUAUCCUGAGGACACAAACUUAAAGGAGAACAUUAAAUUUGAAUUGUUCAUUGGUAUAUAAAAAUGA